UUAGAACUCGAGCAAAGUGCAUGAUUAUAUAACUAUUAGUAAUACUUUGGUAACUAAUAUUUUAACAAAGAGAGAAGUUUGUUGCUUUCAGUAGGAGCAAGUAGGUGGUGGAGCAGGGCCAGAAAGGGUUGUGUUUAGUGAUAUGUCUUUGGGAGAAAAGGAUCAGAUGCAAAGGGUGAGGCAAGGCGAAGAAGAAGUAGCAUCAGGGGGUUCAAAGUGCCAAGACUGUGGGAACCAAGCCAAGAAGGAAUGUUCAUACUUACGGUGCAGGACUUGCUGCAAGAACAAAGGUUUUCACUGCCAAACCCAUAUCAAGAGCACUUGGACUCCUGUGGAUCAUAGGAGACGCCACUUUCAGGGUCAGGGAGGAGAUCAUCAUAUUCCUCAAAACCACAACCAGAUCAACCCAUAUUCAGAGUUGAGAUUUCCGGCUGCUACGAAUUCGAUGGCUACAUUUCGGUGCAUUCACGUUCGUUCUAUGGAUGAUGCGGUUAAUGAAAUAGCGUAUCAAACAUCUGUGAACAUUGGGGGGCAUGUAUUUAGUGGACUACUAUAUGAUCAAGGCCCUGAGUACCAAAGAGGUCAUCAAGGUGAGAGUUCCACGGGCUUUGUUGAUAAGCAGCAGAAUAGUAAUAAUAAUAAUCUGGAUAGUAGUGGUGCAAGUGCAACUCACCAAGAGUACCUGUUUCCCCUUUCUUCCUUCAGGCCCGGUAUGCCCUAUUUGACAUACCCAAGAUCUUAGUUGGUUUCUUAAUUUCUUGAUUUCGAACAACAUGCAUGGUGAUGAGGAAAGUAAUUGAGAAUAGAAUGGAAUAUCGGCGUUGAUGGAUAUGAAAUACUUGCUACUUUAGCUACCUUGCCACCUUUGUGGAGCAUUUUAUUAAGAGUAAUAAUACUCAAAUAUCCUUUAAUUUCAAGCAUUUCAUAACACCUUUUUAUCUCUUUUUUAUAUUA